UAAUUUUGACGUUAUUCAAUGUCUAUUCUAAGUCGUUCUACAGCCCGGAAGAAAAUUCUAUUGUGCCAGCACCUAUCCGACCUCGAGCAUCUGUUCUCUCGAGCGUGCAAAUAUAAACCGUUGCACGGAUCGUCUGAAUUUGGUAACUCGUCUGGCACAACAAAGUGCCACACCCGACCUCUCCAAACUAAACAUCUGGGGCGUCCGUGAGAACUCGGCCACCAUCGAGAGGGUAUUGAGCUGCACGUGGAUUAGAAAGCUCGGAUUCACGAACGACUGAGAACGACUGAGAACGCACCCGGCCGUUCUAAUUCUCUUGGAGCUCCGAAACUGCUGUUCUACGCUGCGCAUUGCGGUGUAGUUGAAGAUGGCCGCCACGAACGCCAGCACCCUUUUGGGACACAUGUACGAUCCCCGGUCAUGGAGCUUUGGGACGACCAGUUUGCUCGUCGCAGUGGUGGUUGCUGUGUCAAUGGGCCUGCUCAAGGUCAGGGUGAAAAGGAAGACGUCCAAUUUGCCACCGGGACCGCGAUCCUAUCCUCUGAUUGGACAUAUGCUCGAGAUGAGAGGGGCAGAAAUGCCCGAGAAGUUAUGGAGCCUUUCGCAGACUAAUAAUUGGCCCAUCAUGAGCUUCAUAUUCCCCAACAUUCCAACUGUCAUUGUGAGCUCUCCCGAGGUGACGAAGGAGAUGCUGAUCACCAAGGGGAACGUCUUCAACUCCCGGGUCAGGGAAAUGCGGGCCACCCGGGGCCUGAGGAUGAGCCCCGAUGGGAAGUCAGAGACGGGAGCUCUUUUCACACCCCACGGUCCUGCAUGGAAGGUGACGAGGAAAAUCAUGGUCGCAGGACAGAACGAAUUCAAGAGAAUUUUGGGGCACGAUUACGUCGUGAGAGUUCUCUUGCCACAACUGUACAAGGAAAUUGACAGCGAAGUUUCGAUCGAUGCUCGCCAUCAAAUCGCCAAAACGAUGAUAGUGAGGAUAUUGAUGGUGUUCGUCUUCGGGCCCGGAGCUGAGCAGUACGCCGAAGAGAUUAUUCCUCUGAACGAUCAGCUCUUCGUUGUAACCGACAACAACCACGCAAUAGAAACCUUUCUCCCAUGCAUCGGGGAAUCGGCGUCCUGGCUAUAUAACAAGCUGGUCGCUCGUCGUCUCGUCGCUCGAAAGCGCAAGGCUUAUGAAGAAAUCCUUUCUCAACGGGGCGUCAAGUAUAAUCUGAAAAACGAAUGGUCUCUGAGUGACAUGGUUCAAGAAGCUGAGAGGAAUGGCGAGAUCAACCACGAUCAAGCCCUCGAGAUAUACGAGGAGUGCUUCUUCGCUGGCCAAGACCCGACGGUUGCCGCAGUUGAAGGGACCCUGAGAAUGAUUGUCGAAAAUCCGAAAAUUCUCGUGAAGGUGCAGCAAGAGAUGGACGAGGUGCUGGGUGAAGGAAAGCAGCUCAGACUGACCGAUGUUGAGAGGCUGCCAUACUUCCAAGGAGUCAUCAAGGAGGGCCUGAGGCUGCACCGAGCUAUCCCGUUUCUGAUUCCUCACUGCGCACAUGAGGACGCAACUCUAGGAGGCUUCGACAUUCCGAAAAAUAUGAUGCUGCUGGUGAACCUUUGGGGUCUAGCUCGGGAUCCAGCCUCUUUCCCCGAUCCUUACGAGGCGAAGCCCGAGAGAUUUCUCGAAAGGGACACGAACUUUAGCGGGAACGACGGCAAGUACGUCGUCUUCGGCGUUGGGCAGCGCAUCUGCCCAGGUCAAAGUAUGGCUCUGUUCAUAUUGAACAUGGUGAUUGGAAGCAUGUGCCAACGGUACAACUUGGCCGUAGCAAAGGAUUGGAAGCAUGAACGUGACACGGGCACUUUCUUCAAGGAGGUCGCUCUGCACAUAAAUCUGACCAGACGCCAAGGUUUCACUCCUUAAUUACCCAGGACUGAAACGAAUAACUUGUCAAAUCCUCCAGGCCUUCGGUAAGGCUUUUUCCUGGCCUUGGCUUCUUCUGUUCGGAUGGAUUUGACCUCGCCGCCCCUGAUCAUUCUACUGCUCGUCAAGAAUAUAGAGCGAUAACACAGAUUACCUUUUCCAAAGCCUACCAGCAAUAGUUCCUGGUUGUCCACAUACCCUCAUGCACGAAUAUUAGUGCAGAAGCAGAAGCCAGUAAAUUAGCCAGUUCAUUGAACAAGCGAUGGUUCGAACUCACGGCCUUGGCCUUCUAGUGUUUGAAACUCCCUGGCUCUCACCCUGUGCUCCUGAAAAGUGACAGUCUCUAAAUCUUGUUCCACCUGCUGAACUUCACUUUUAAAAACCUUCAACUGCUUCGUCAAAUUCUCAUCACGCAACUUCAUCACUUCCAUUUUCUUCUGUAAUACCUGAGAAUGUUUCUCCUUCACAAUCAGAGCUUAUAUUCAAGCUCAUAAAUCUUGUUGUAGAAUCAAACUUGGUGUUUGUUGUAACAAAAGUUGCUCAAAGGCGGGCGAAACAGAACUAAAUUGCAAACGGUCUAAAUUCGUCUCAAACCAUCAGUUGACUAUCCAACCAAGUUGUUCAACUUGCUUUGUCAUUCAAAUUGGAUGUCUUCCAACUAUGCUAGACGGCUUGGGUCAACUAACGAAGACAUGUAUUCUACCUCUGGAUCCCACGCUUGCUGUUACAUGAAGUCCCUCUCAACGGAGUCUCUCAUCGUCCGCCUCUUACUCCGACUCCUCUUGACGUCAUUAUCCACCCUUCUAUCUCCUUAGAAACCACUCCAUUUUCACAACCAGCUCGACGCCACUGCGGGCCAAAUUCCUCAAAUUUUCCUGCCUUACCAGCAGUCGAAUGGAUGGCCUCGACACCACGGACGGCAUGGAAAGAUCAGGAACAACGUUCCUCUACGAAGGCAAACGCCGCAACCCCAACCACAUGCCC